AUGGUCACCAACCAAGGCGAAAACGUCCCACUUGAGCUCCAUGGGAAAAGAUGGUAUCUCAAGGUUCAGCACUUCGCCGGUUCAGCAAGUCACGAUGGCGGAUCACCUUCGGGGAAUCACCCGGAAGUCCACUGUCGGGUAGCACCGGUCGAAGCAGGUCAGAAGAUUGAAGAGGAGAAGGAGCCUGAUGAGUGGAGACGAGAGAAGAAAAAUGGCAAUGACUAUCUCAUUCGAGUUCACAACACUCCGAGAUUCCAACUCUUUUCGCCGAGCAAGAUGAAGGAGCUUCCUGUUUCGCUCCACUCCAUCCUGCCAGGAAGAUUGACAAAGAUGGUGUUCAGUGAAAAUGGAGAACAGGCCGAGGACGAAAGUCUUUGGACCAGACGAGGCACAGCGUCAAAGAACAUGGGAAAGGAAUGGCUUGGAGAAAGCUGGUUUCGAUUGAAAGAUGAAGAAGAUGAGGAGACAGCCGAGGAGAUUGACGAGAAAGAGCUGAUGCCAGCAGGUAUGGUGAAUGUGGAAGCAACACAGGAGGAAUCACUUCGAUUGCUUGGGAAAGGAGAGAGCAGAGAGAAAGGAGAUGCAGAAAGUGAUGGAUAUGAACCUUCCAUAGCUGUCACAGAGGAUUUAGAGAAAGCCAUGGAUGUAGGCGAGCCUGAGGUGCACAAGGCAAACAUUGAAGCACCACCGCAGCCUUCAGCAAAGGAGCGGGACGAACACAGGUUGCAUCACGCAAAUUUCGAAGCAUGGUGUGAGGUAUGUGUGCAAGGACAAGGCAAAGACAAGCACCACAAGCGCAAAGAGGAAUCAAAGGAACAUAUCAUCUACUCAGACUACUUGUUCUUCAACAAGGAUGGACACAUCAUUGACAAGGAGACCGGAUUGAAGCAGAAGGGCCUGGUGACGGUGUUGACAGCAAUUUGCAAAGACAGCCAAUUCCCGUUUGUCAUUGUGGUACCAGCGAAAGGUGGCAACGAGUAUGCCAUCAAAGCGCUUAUCACAUGGAUUGAGGAACUUGUUUGGGACAAAGUCACCAUUCAGGUGGAUCAAGAAAACUCACUGCACAAGCUCUAUGAUGAGGUCAAGAAGAGAAUGCCGGAAAAGAAAGUCAAGCUGAGAAAAUCACCUCGCUACAGUUCACAAUCUUUGGCUGAUGGCGAAAUGGUGAAUGGCUUGAUUGCAGGAAAAGUCAGGACAUGGAUGGCCGAGAUAAAUGAGAACUACAAGAUCAAAGCCAGCUGUGACCAUUACAUAUUUCCUUGGGUGGUCAGACACUCAGCAUGGACUUUGGCCAGGUUCCACAUCAACAAAAGCAGAACGACUCCAUAUCGAAUAAUCUCAGGUGCCGAGUACACGGGCGAGCUGAUUCCAUUGGGAGAGACAGUGAUGGCAAAGUUCCCUCGAGCAGCUAACGAGAAGUCAGCACCUAGGUGGAUCAAAGGCAUAUAUGGAGGCAAAACCAGCAGUUCCGAUGAGCAUCUUGUGCUCACAGAAUCGGGAGCUCAGAAGUACCGCACUGUGAGGAGGUUACCAGUUGGUUCUCAGUACCAGAAGGAGACCUUCGACAAGAUGCGGAGAGCACCGUGGAAUGCAGUUUUGGGAAUAACCAAAAGCAAGCCGGAUGCAGUCGUAUCCAGGAAGGCUUUGGUUUCAGCACCAGAACUGGCAAGCGAAGAGGUCUACGACUUCAAAGAAAAGCCAGAGCAAGAACAACCGUUGGCAAUUGAAAUUCCAGCGCCCAUGGUUAGACUCCAGGAGAGCAAAAGAGAAGAUCGAAAAGAGCCAAAGGAAGCUGCAAGCAGCAAAGAAAGCAAGAUGACCGUGGAUGAUGAAGGAGAAAAGGUUGAGAUUGAAGAACCAGAUCCAAAGAGAGUCAAAGCAGAAGCAGCAGGUCAGGGUCAGCGGCAGCAAGUUGAGGAGACCGAGGUCAGUACAACUCAAGACAUGAUCGCGGCAGUUGCUCAAAAUGGUGAAUGGAGAUAUGCAGGAGAGAAAAGAAAGACAGGUGGUCACUAUGACAAAAUACAUGAGUACAAGAAAUGGCUGGAAAAGAAUGGAAGCUAUUUUAGCAGUUCCACGCUAGCCAACAUCAUGGACUACCUCGACGAUGUAACCAGAGACGAAGAAGUUCUCAGAGAAGCCAGGAAAGAAGAAUUGAGAAAGCUGAAUGAAGUCUAUGGAGCUUUCAAACCCAGAGACAGAAGAGAAUUCAGCAAAGAACUCACGGUGUUUGGACACAAAUGGGUGGACAAAGUCACCGAAGGAAUAGCGAAAUCUCGAUUGACAUGCCAAGAUUUCAAAAGAAAGAACCAAAGUGAAGACAAAGACAGUUCGGAAACACCUAGCAAUUUCUGUCCUACUCCACACGAAGCAUCAAAGAAGAUGGUGGAGGUCUACAGUUUGUUGCACAACUUGCCAAGAGUCAAGGCGGAUCUUUCAUCGGCGUUCCUGAUUGCGAAGGACCAGGGAGACAGCAAAGGCCAACCAGUCAUGAUAAAACCUCCACAGGAAUGGUUGGAGGAUUAUGAUGUCUGGUUAGUUCGCCAACCUAAGGAAAUUCAGGACGAGCUGAAGGCAAACAACGAACAUGAGACGGAGCAAUCCCCGACCCAGCCACCAUCUGGCGAAGACACGGGCGAAGAGAAAGGAGAAGACAAGGGGGAAGAUAAUGGUGAAGACAAUGCGAACGAGGGCGAAGAGAAAGGUGAAGACAAGGGUGAAGAGAAAGGUGAAGACAACACGAAUGAGGAGCUUGAACAGGCCAAACAGGAGGUCUCCAACUUGAGUGAACAGAUGGAGAAUUCCGGUCAGUUCGAGAUGGAGAGGCAAAAGAGCGUGGGCUUGAACGAGGAGCUUGAACAGGCCAAACAGGAGGUCUCCAACUUGAGUGAACAGAUGGAGAAUUCCGGUCAGUUCGAGAUGGAGAGGCAAAAGAGCGUGGGCUUGAACGAGGCGUUGGCGGUGACGCAGUCGCAAGUGAAGGAUCUCUGGGCCAAGGUCUGCUCGGUGACGUCCGCUUCGGAAGUGCUGCAGCAGGAGGAGGCGCCUGUGAUGAUGCGCCGCGAGGCACGGUGUGUAGGCAGCUUGGACGAUGGCGGUGUGCUGAAAUCCUGGCCCGACACUGUCGUGAACAUGUUCCGACAAGCACGUCAACAGCACACAGUCGAGAGCCAGGGCCUGCGUCCACUUCAUCUUGUCUGUGGAGCCUCACAGAAGCCACACCCAGAGAAGGCAGCCACUGGCGGAGAGGACAGCCUAUUCAUAUGCCCCAAUGGCAGUGCUGCAGGAGUUGCUGACGGCGUGGGCUGCUGCCACGGAUGGGGCAUAGACCCCAAGCCCUUCGCCGAUCAGCUCAUGGCGACAGCCCGAGAAUCGGCACACGAUAUGCAGGAUGAGGCACUGUUGGCAGUCCAAGACCGCGCCCGAAUCGUAGUCCGAGAGAGCUGCCAAGCAGUCGGGAAUCUUCGGCUCUUCCACGUGCCUGGUGGCUCUUGUGGAUCCCAAUGAACCCAAGCUUGGCGUGGCCAACUUGGGGGAUUCGGGACUCAGGAUCCUACGCUGGAGCAACGGAUUUUCUGGCAAGCCACGGGGGGUGUACAUCGCAGAGCGCACCUCAGAACAGCAACAUGCCUUCAACACUCCGUACCAACUUUCGUUCCUGCCCAAGGCGAUAAAGGAUACAUAUGAAGAGCGGGGCGUUCGCUAGGAUUUGCCAUCAGAUUGUCAGACCUACACCUUCCAGGUACGAGAAGGCGAUGUGGUGCUUCUGGGCACGGAUGGCAUCUUCGACAACCUCCAUGACUGGGAGAUCUGCGAGUUGGCCACGGUCGCCAUGGAGGGCGGUGACAAAAUUGAGCCGCACAAGCUGGCACACGCCUUCGCAGAGGCAGCUUUUGUUCGAUCCCAGGACCCAAAGGCACAGACCCCGUUCCAAGAUAGUGCCAGUCAGCACAACCUUAGGAUGCCUGGCGGCAAGAUGGAUGACAUCACUGUAGUGGCCUGUGUGGUCACAUCGUGAUGUUCUUUGCGCUGGGCGAAGAUCCACUUGGAGAC